ACUGGGCAAAAUUUUUCUGCGCGGUGAUGGGUGUCGAACCUUCAUCCGUGACAAAGGACACGUACAUCGCCGUCAAGUCCGUUGGCUACGUGAAGGAGCUUGGAUACGUUUUCGGAAACAAUUCCAAAAGCACGCUAUUGGACCUGAUCGCAUGGCGUCUCAUGCGUGCUGUCUCCCCUCUUCUGCCCGAGGCAUUCCGGGACCUCACUCUGUCCUUUGCCGGGCAGCAAACGAUGGGAGGUGCGCCUCCCCCGUACGACCUCGCCUGCUACAACCUCUUGGAACCCCCUCUGAGAUUCGCGUUUGCACGGGCCUACGUCGAAGAACAUGGUCACCGGUACACGGAGCCCCUGAUGGCACAUGUGAGAAAAACUAUGCGCCACCUUCAGGACGAAAUGCUGCAGAUGCUCAACGGGUCAUCGCUUAUGGACAAACAUACCUUCAACAACGCCAUGGACAAAAUACGUGACAUGAAAUGGCGCAUGGUCGAUCCUCUCAAGUCCACUCCUAGUCAAAAUCUCAGCCUCAUAUUGGAGAAGGGAUGUGUAUUUAUUCACUUGUCAAUAUAAUGCAACCUAAGAGAAAAUGUAGUGAUUUGGGGUGCGAUUUGCAGUUUCUAGUCUCUUAGAUUGCAACUACGUACUUCCCAUUU